CCUCACGUGCAAACAUGUCCAAGAAAAAUGUAUCCAAUUCGCACAAGUCGAAAAAAUCAACGUAAAGUGCGAUAUUGUGGUGUGUCUCAUUGGACUCGAGAUGUACUGUUAUCCUAAUGGACGGAAAGUACUUGGUCAUGGAAUAACGAUUGGAGGAUCAGCAUGUACAAAGUGGAACGUGGUUGUUAUGACAGCUGACAAACCAUAUCAGUCGCUCGUGGUGACAGCUGCUCAUGAGUUGGCUCAUGCACUGGGUGCUCCACAUGAUGGCAGCGGUAAAGCAAAAAAGUGCCCUGCAAGUGAGAGACAUAUAAUGGCUCCUUCCCUGGGUGCAGAAACAAAGGCCACAUAUUCAAAAUGUACCAAGUCCGCCAUCAAUAAAUUCUUGAAGACGAAGAAUGCUUCUUGCCUUUCAAACCGUAGGUGCGUGAGCUCUACCAUGAAGGAGGGUGAACAAGAAAAUAUGAAACUGAGGCAAUGUGGUCAAUAUGUGCCUGAAAACCAGGAGCUCUUGAAUGCUACGGUCACCGCACCGUGCACACUCAGUUGUAACGUAAUGUUACCAACAGGGACGGAGGGAUCAUUCGACAGACGUGCGCCCGAUUUCAUGGACUGCAAGGAAAAGGAAGACUGCCAGGUGUGCAACGAUGGAUUCUGCGUUUAGACCCACGAAACGCAAAACCAGUCUUUUAUACAUCAUUCUACAUACACACAGAACGAUAUUAUGUUACCCCAUGCUUCGAACAAAACACCGAAUAGCAAUAACCUGCCAGGGCUGAAAGCACCUGUUCUCUACGCAAUUCAUUGGUCGUUGCGAAGUAAAAUUUAUACCUCCACAUCAGCUCCUUCUGUAUACCACGUGGUCCUGCUGCUAUUCGUUUAUGCCACUUUCACAAUGUAAUCUAGACAAAUAAAACUUCAGACAAGAUACAGUUUA